AGCAGUGUCUACCUAGACUACAAUGCUACCACACCACUGGAACCUGAGGUUCUAACAGCCAUCCAGACAGCCCUGCAAACAGCAUGGGGGAACCCAAGCAGCUCGUAUGAAGCAGGGAAGAAGGCAAAGGCUGCCAUUGAUACUGCCAGGACCAACAUUGCCAAGAUGGUUGGUGGGAAAAGGGAAGAUGUCAUUUUCACAUCAGGUGGAACAGAGGCCAACAACAUGGUGAUCCUCACUGCCAUGAAGCACUUCUGGAAUACUUUCCCCGAGGCCCAGGCAGGAGGAGACAAGGAGAAUGGUCCAACACUGCACAGGAGUGUCAAACCACACAUCGUCACUUCUAACAUAGAACAUGACUCUGUCAGGCUUCCACUGGAGGCUUUUCAAAAGGAAAGAAAAAUUGAUGUGACCUUUGUGCCAGCCUCCAAGCUGACAGGUCGUGUUGAGGUCCAGGACGUUUUGGCUGCAGUUCGUCCCACAACCUGCCUGGUCACAAUCAUGAUGGCCAACAAUGAGACAGGGAUCAUCAUGCCCAUAGCAGACAUCAUGAGAGCUGUGAGGUCUGUGAAUAGUGAGAAGAGAAGUACCCCUCAGCCCAGGAUCCUGCUCCACACAGAUGCUGCCCAGACCAUCGGCAAAGUUCCUGUUGAUGUGGAGGAGUUAGGAGUGGAUUAUCUUACUGUGGUGGGCCAUAAGUUCUAUGGCCCCAGGAUCGGUGCCCUGUAUAUUCGUGGUCUGAGACAUGACACCCCACUGUACCCUAUGUUGUAUGGAGGGGGUCAGGAGGACAACUACAGACCAGGCACUGAAAACACUGGUAUGAUAGCAGGGCUUGGGAUGGCUGCUUCCCUUGUAAACAACAACUUGGAGAAGUAUGAGUCUCAUAUGAGGGAGGUCAGAGACUACCUGGAACAGCAGCUUCAGGACAGGUUUGGCAGCUCUGUACACUUUAACGGGAGGCUGGCGGGGAGUGAGCGGAUCCCCAACACCUGUAAUGUGUCCAUCCUGGGGCAGGGGCUGCAGGGUCAGAGAGUGUUAUCCAGGUGUCCACACCUACAGGCCAGUGUGGGGUCUGCCUGCCACUCACACAAGGUCAACAGACCUUCCCACAUCCUGCUGGCUAUCGGGAUCCCCUGUGAGGUUGCGGGGAACGCCCUGCGGCUGAGUGUGGGCAGGCAUACCACUAAACAGGACAUUGACCUGGUGCUACAGGACCUACAGGAGGCUGUCUCAGCCAUCACAGCAGAGCAACAUUAAAUCUAUGCUGAUAGGCUCACUAAUGUUUGUACAGACUCACAGAGCUACACAUGUAGAGACUCAAGCUACAAAUAUAUGUGUUGUUGUCAAGGAUGGGUAAUAUAAGGGCUCGUAGAGUUGGCUGGCUUGUAAGAUAUUUUGCAUGAUAAUAAUUUUGAACUCCCCCCC